GUCAGGCACCGGGCCGGGUGAAGAAAGCAUAUCCGGCGCUCGAUGUCCAGAGAUAAAUACGAGCCAGCCCAUCGAGGCGUAUCUCUGCCUCUGUCUUGACCACCAUCCCCUACUUCUUGCUCGACACACACAGCAACGACCACCAUGCCCGAGGGAACCAUGCGCGCGCUCUACUACAGCGCUCCCCAGAAAUUCGACAUUAGGCAAGUGCCGAUCCCGAAGUGCAACGACGAUGAUCUUCUCCUGAAAGUUACAUGCUGUGGUGUCUGCGGCACGGAUGGCCACAUCCACGAAGGCGAAUUCAUCGCCACGUUUCCGCUCAUCCCCGGUCACGAAGCGAUCGGAAAGGUAGUGGAGAAGGGCAAGAACGUCAAGGACUUUGAAAUUGGCGACAGAAUCGUCGCCGAUGUCGGCAUCUCUUGCGAUAACUGCUUCUACUGCCGGAGGGGACAGGCGGUGCUUUGCGAGAACUUCAAUGCGCGUGGUGUGACCAUGGACGGUGGUUUCGCUGAAUACAUCGUCUACCAUCAAAAGAAGUGCUACAAGAUUCACAACCUUACUGAUGAGGAGUCAACGCUUCUCGAACCCGCGGCAUGCGCCAUUCACGGUCUGGACAAGCUCAACCCGCCCGUCGGCAUCGAUGUCCUCCUGCUCGGCGCCGGCCCCACUGGUCUCAUCCUCGCACAACUUCUCAAGCUUAACGGCGCGCACAAGGUUGUCAUCGCGGCGAACAAGGGAAUUAAGAUGGACAUCGCCAAGCAGCUCAAUGCUGGAGACGAAUACAUCGAGCUCGACCGCCAGAACCCCGGCCCGCAGUGGGAGCAGCUCAAGAAGGACAACCCGUACGGCUUCGACGUCGUAGUUGAGGCGACCGGCGUGGAGAAGCUCGCGCAGGAGAGCAUCAACUACGUGCGGAGGGGAGGCACGAUCAUGAUCUAUGGUGUGUACGAGAACAAGGCGAUGGUCCACUGGCCACCGUCCAAGAUCUUCGGUGACGAGAUCAAGGUCAUCGGCUCGUUCUCUCAAGCAUACUGCUUCCCGCGUGCGGUCGCAUAUCUCGACGGCGGAAAGGUCAAUGUCAAGGGCAUGGUAACGGACGUCUUCAAGCUCGAGGACUACCAGGGCGCUCUCGACAAGAUGAACAGCCGCGGCGCUCUCAAGAUCGCGAUCAAGCCGUGAGGCUGAGUUUGGACAAUGGCGAGAAGAAGAGAAGUCCUGGCUACAUCGUACACUGUAGCAACAAUGGAUAUAGUUCCCUGUAGCAAUGUGACAUAUUGAUACCCUUCA